AUGAAGCUGACAUCCAUAGUGCAUUUCAUGCGAUUCAUCAGUGGCACAACAUGGGACGCAACUGUUGGUUGCCUACAGCGACUGUUCGAAGCCUUGUUCCUCGGACUUCUGAGGUACACCUUACCGGUUAUCAACAACACCUGCAUUACCAAUAUACGAGCCCUCCAAAGCAUCCAAGCGCAAGCUCUGCGAACCUGUUUAGGGCUACCCCGCUCUGCUUCCACGCCCGGGACAAUUGCGGAGGCUCGCAGAUUUCCAAUUGAAGCAUACAUGAUACAAGAGACACUGCGGUUGCACAUGAGGCACCUUACACAACAUUCUCGCCAUCACUUCCCUACCGAAAAAUCCGGGCUAGCAACGUUACCUACAAACAGACGAAAGUCCAGCUUCUCCAGAACGAUAAGAAAGCAUAAUACUACUCUAAAUAAUUUCAAUCGACCAUCUAUUAAGAGCAUACCGCCAUGGACAUUCUUGACUCCAGAAGUAGUGCCGUACAUCAAAGGCAUUCAUAAGAAGUCAUCAAUACCACUGCCUGUACUGAAACAACUGGCAUUAAGGGUCAUAAAUGAAACACACGGCUCGACGAAGCAUGUAUACACCGACGGGUCCUCUUCUGGAGAACGAGCUGGAGCUGGGAUUGUAAUACCCGCCCACAGUAAUUCCUCCAGUUUUGAAAUAGGACACAAAACGACAUCAACGGCAUCUGAGUUAGCGGCCAUACGAGAAGCAGCAAGGUACAUCCUAUGUCAAGCACCCCAGUGCUGGACCAUCUUCAGUGACUCAAGAUCAGCGCUACAAAUAAUCCAGUCUUCUAUGAAAAAUAAUGCGUACGACUUUCUGGCAUACCAAAUCUUCUGCACCUGCCACCGGGCCCUCCAGCAGGGUCAUCACAUAACUCUUCAGUGGAUACCAGGUCAUUGUGGUGUCGCCGGCAAUGAGGCAGCAGAUAGUGUAGCAAAAUCAACCAGUAACGGCAAGAAAAUUUGCAUACCCUACUCCAGGUGUGACACGAAAAUUCUGGUUCAAGACGUGGCAAAAGGAAUUUCACAAAACUACUGGAUGAAUCCACAUUACCACCAUCCCAGGCUAUACUCCCUUGAUCCCCAACUUGCAUUCCGCGUUCCAUCUGGGCUUUCAAGACAGCUAGAGGCGGUCCUGCACCGACUAAGGCUUGGUGUGGCA